AUGUUUCAACUUCCUGAUCCAUCAGAUGAAACGUUUUCAAAGUGUAGUGAGUUCAAAUUGAUUCGAACAGGUGUCGCCGAGCUUUUUCUUUCGAUAGCAUGUGACCGGAGAUCUAGUCAUUCUCCACUUUCCCGAAUUGAAGAGCUGGAAGUACAUCAACCCAACGAAACAUUUGUCAACAAUGGAACAUAUACUUCACUGGAAGAUCUUGUAAAUAUUUCAAAUCUAACACAGUGGUGUAUUGAAAUGGAAGUGUUGUCCCUUGGAUACUACAACUACAUUGCUGAUGGACUGAAUAGCUCUGAAAAAUUUAAAGAGGUCAUGAAACGGCUUGAUGGCUUGAACUCAACGAAUGUCAAUAUAUUUUACAACGCUCUUCAUGCAAACGUUGAAAUCCUAAACCAGAUGAACAUUCCUUUUUCCGUGGAAAAUCAAUUUCUCCAUAACAUUUCUGAAACUUUGAAGAUACGGAUCAUAGCUGAACUGGAGAGUAGUUCGAUAUCAGACAAAGCAAAAACGCAUAUUAAAAAGAGCAUUGAAACGUCGAAACAAUUUUUUGCAUUCUACGAUCACAACGAUGUGAAGGUCUUUGAAACGGCAAAGUUGACAUAUGAAACUGAAUACUAUCGAUUAAAAAGCUUGUUAUCCCCUGAAGACAUCCAAAGGAAAGUAAGUGAGCCAAUUCUCCGAAUCGGAGCAACAACUGCCUCGAUGGAAAAUUUGAUGAGUAAGAUUCGGAGAUUCGAUGUCAACUUCCUGUUUCAUGCAAUUAUUGCGAGUCCGGAGAAUGACGCAUUUCAGUAUAAUGGUGGAAAUCACCUUCUCACCGUAAUUACUAGGAAUGAUCUUACUCAACAAGAAAAGACGAUGGCCGAUACCUACUUCAUUACCACACACGAAAUUAUGCAUUUAAUUUAUCCAGUUGCCAAUAGUUAUAUAAACGAAAGUGUAUGGACCGGUGCUCUCGAAUGUACCCUUCGUGAUGUUAAAAUGUUAGGAGAGACUGAUGCAGUGAAACCCGUGGAUGGAUGGUAUAAGCCAGAAAUUGGCUAUGAAGAUCUGAUCAAUGUAAUGGCGAUGAGAGUUCUUAUGAAAAUGGCAGCGGAGAAGUCGGUCAAUGAGCAGCAGCUGAAAGAAGCCCUGGAAACUGUAAUCGGAGGUCUUUGCAAGCAUACUGGUAGGAAAAACGAGUUGAUCCCCGACCAUCAUCCGUUGGAAAUUUCUCGAAAUGCGGCAGUACGUCAAUAUCCGUUAUUCAACUCAUUGUAUGGAUGUAAGGCUGGAGAUCGAAUGUUUGCAAAACCAAAUGAGUAUUGCAAACCGUUAGGUGAUCCCAUCAACGUUGAGGAUUUUCUGAUCAAAAACGAAACACGGAAAGAUGUCGGUGGAUUCCUUAAGGACGUGCUAAACACGGCAGAACGUUUUAAUUUUACCUAUGAGCUGUAAUUUGUGGUUAGCAAUUGAUAAAUGUUUUCAGAAACGAGA